UGGACACAUCAAAAAUGCAGAGAAAAAAUAAUGCAAAACACGACCUGGACGAGGAGACAGGCCUGCGUUAAGCCUUGGGCUCGACGAGAGCCGGUGAGACCGCCUAACAGACAAAUAACAAUGAUGUACUAAAAGCUAUAUAAUCACUCCACACAGAGCCAGCUAUAGAUGCCUUGCAGGUGACGUCACACGCUCACCGAACUGUAGCCGCCGCCAUAUUGAGUACCUUCUUUGGUGCCCCGGUCGUUGAAGAUGCCGUCCGUGUGUUGUGCAGUUGGGUGUGAUAAUAAGAAAGGUGACCCAAAUAUUUCUUUUUAUCGCUUACCGAAAGAGGAAGAACGUCGUCAGAGAUGGCUGUCAGCAAUCAGGAGGGCUAACUGGACGCCGACUGCAAGUAGCCGUCUGUGCAGUGCACAUUUUGUAUCAUGUGCAAAAAGCCAAAACCCACUAAGCCCAGACUACGUGCCAACAAUAUUUCCUCAUCUAAGUUCUCCAAACAAGCGAAAGAGGGUUUAUCAAAUGGCCAGGUUUGAACACACUCAGGCUCUAAAAAGAAAAAGAGCAGUGAUUGAUGCUGACAGAGGAGAGACGGGAAAAGCAGAGGACAGACAGGAGGUGGAUGAUGAUGACCAGCAGGAUGGAGGAGAAGACAGACAAGAGGUGGAUGAUGAUGACCAGCAGGAUGGAGGAGAAGACAGACAGGAGGUUGGAUUGGCGAUGGAUGGUUCCUGUACCAAUGCUUCUUUCCAAGUCACAAUUAAAAGACUCAAUGAAGAAUGUAUGAGAUUAAGGACUGAAAUCUGUAAACUCAAGGGUGAAGUAGAUUCAUUAACAUUCAGUAAAGAAAGUUUCCAAGGCAAAGAUGAGAAAGUCAAUAAGUUAACUGGCCUGCCUUCUUACUGUAAAUUGAUUGUUGUAUUCUCUUUUAUAUCACCAUUACUUAAUGUUAAGUCAUGUUUGUCACCUUUUCAGCAGUUUUUACUAACAUUAAAGCGCUUGAGAAUGAAUUUACCACUUUUUUUCCUAGGUCAUUGUUUUCAUACAUCAACAUCAACCGCUAGUAGGGUUUUCAACAACACACUGAAUGUUAUGUAUUUCCGGCUGUGUAAUAUUAUAAGGUGGCCAAGCAGAGAUCAGAUUUUAAUUAGUCUUCCCAUGUGUUACAGAAAAAACUUCAAAAAUUGCACUAGUAUUAUUGACUGCUUUGAGAUAUUCAUUGAAAGACCUAAAGAGAUGAGAGCACGUGCACAAACCUAUUUACAAUAUAAACAUCAUAAUACAGUUAAGUAUCUCAUUUCCAUAACACUACAAGGGGUCAUUAGCUUUGUUUCAAAAGGUUGGGGUGGUAGGACAAGUGAUAAGUAUGUGACGGAGCAUAGUGGAUAUCAUGAACUGUUGUCCCAUGGGGAUGUGGUUCUUGCUGACAGAGGGUUUAAUGUAGCAGAUUCUGUAGGACUUGUCAAUGCACAACUCAAGAUACCUGCCUUUACCAAAGGAAAAGCACAGCUUCACCCAGAAUAAAUCGAGUCAUCGAGAGGACUGGCAGCUGUGCGCAUCCAUGUGGAGAGAAUUAUAGGAAUUGUAAGGAAUAAGUACUCUAUUUUGCAAGGAACCAUACCCAUAUCACUUUGUUAUUCAGCCUCAGAUGGACUCACGCCACUAGACAAAAUGGUGAAAGUGUGUUGUGUCCUCUGUAAUCUUUGCCCUCCUGUUGUUCCACCAGAGU